UGGUGGUAUAAAAGGUAAGAAAUGGUUAGACAUAACAUCAGAAGCAAGUGUGCUCCAAACUUUUAGGAGCGAUAUGGCCGCUAUAGAAAUUGUUGUGUUCGUAAUGCUGGUAUUUCAGUACCAGCUUGUAACAGCACAAACAUGUACGGAUUUUGUUGAAUCUACAACAUGUGGAGGAAAUAUUGUGGCAGAUUCCGGUAUCAUUCGAUAUAAUCACACCGGCUACGGUAACAAUACGGGUUGUAUGUGGUUGAUCCGUAGUGACAUUAACUCAAAAAUUGAAGUUCGGCUGCUUGAGGAUUCAUUCUCAUCGUCUAGCCAAUACAUUGAAAUUCUCACUUUGGCGCUCGAUGGUGAAAUUGGAGGAAUUUAUCCUUACUCUACUGUUCGUCACGGAGAAUUCAAAGUAAGGCAUUUCAAUGGUCCGCUAAUUUUAGUUACCUUUUCAACUCUCAACCACUGGGGUCCUGUCAAUCCCACGCCAAGUUUUACAUUGUUGUUCCGUGGAUGCGGUCCAGAUAUCAGUAAUCCCCCAACGUUUACCCAUCAUUAUAGGGAAAGAAUUCCCGCUGAAACAGAAAUUGUUAAAUAUCCAGAAGAUGGAGGAAUCUAUCCGAAUAAUGAAAUUAUAACUUAUCUGGGUUUGCGGCAGGAUAGAGCUAUCAUGAGUGGCUUAGGUGAAUGGAAGGUUAAGGUAACGUAUCAUGAUAUUCAACCGUCAGCUUACUGUAUGUUCGGAGACUCGUUAGCAUUUUAUAACGCUGCAUGCAACUCUCUGCCCUCAGUCGAUGAACAAGAAAAGUUUAUUUGGAGAUUUUGUGAACGAAACAGUACCAAAACACACGUUGUCCCAGCACGGUCAACAAUAUACGGGGAUUCUGCUCCUGAUUAUAUUGGCAUUCUUGGAGUCUUUCAGUCGAACGGAUACGGAUAUCAACGUGGAAACGGAUUCGUUUUUGAGUGGUAAUUUUGGCAAAAUUUGUUGAUACGUAUUUGAAUAAAAACACUUGUCUGAGCGAA